CUUAAUAAAACUAAUAGUGCUAUGUCCGACUCCACUGCGGUAAAUAAUGAAAAUAUGGAUAUUCCAGAAACCGGUACGGGCAAUCAUGAAGUUUUGGCAACGUCACCAGUGCCGGAAGGAGCUGAAAACAUUCAAAAAGACCUCUCUGAAGUAUGGGAAGACGUUUUUGGAUCUACUGAUGACAAGGUCACAGACAAUCAGCCACCUCAGUUAUGUCUUGUACAAUAUAAUGUAUCAGCUAAUGCUACCGACGCAUCGAGCUCUGUACCAGUUCAUGUUGCUGAAAAUUCUUUAACAGAUAACCAACAUUUUUUGCACAUGCUUGACAAUAACCAUGACCUAACGCCUUUUGCGCUAGAAGCACCGUCCAGCUUUGAAAACUCACCAGCUAUCAGCUUUAGCGAUCUCCCUUCAAUUCCGACACAUAACAUUAAUUCUACGCCUAUGCCUUCUUCUUUAAAUACUCAUAAAAAUUGCCAUGAUGCCUUUUGUCCAACUCAUGAUGAUGGACCCUGGACUAUGUCACCAUCAACUAGUAAUGCCUAUAGCACUCCUAACUAUUACAGUGACGAUGAACUCUCUACUCCACCAAAGAAAAGAUCUAAAAAACGUUUGCGACGUACAUCUGAGUGGUCCGACGUGAAACGUAAAUAUUUAAAAAACAUUGGUCAAAAAUAUGUCACGAAAAAAGAAAGAUCAGUGUGA